AUGGAGCGCAUCGAGGGGGCGGCCGUGGGCCGCUGCGCAACCUCGCCCUACCUGCGGCCGUUCACGCUGCACUACCGUCAGAACGGCACUCACAAGUCAUGGGACUUCAUGAAGACACAUGACAGGGCGGCCGUUCUCGUGUUCAGCUCUUCCCAGCAGAGCCUGGUGUUGGUGAAGCAGUUCCGGCCAGGAGAGGCGAGCGGGACUGUGUACGUGGGCAAGGUGGAACGCCACUUCCCAGGGUCCCUGGCUGCCAUGGACCACGACGGAGGCCGGGAGCUGCGGGUGGCACUGCCUGGCUCAGUGGGGGUCACACAUGAGCUGUGUGCGGGCCUCGUGGACCAGCCUGGGCUGUCGCUGGAGGAAGUGGCCUGCACAGAGGCUUGGGAGGAGUGUGGCUACCGCCUGUCUCCCUCUGACCUGCGCCGGGCGGCCACCUACAAGUCUGGUGUGGGACUCACUGGCUCCAGCCAGACUAUGUUCUACGCAGAGGUGACGGAUGCCCAGCGGGAAGGCCUGGGCGGGGGCCUGGCGGAGGAGGGUGAGCUCAUUGAGGUCGUGCACCUGCCCCUGGAUGGUGCCCGCGCCUUCGCGGAUGACCCAGCUGUCCCCAAGACCCUCGGUGUCAUCUUCGGCAUCUCGUGGUUCUUCAGCCGUGUGGCCCCUGGCCUGCGUCCCCAGUGAGACUCCAGGGGCCCAAGACCA